CAACCCAAGCACACAGCGCUGCACACACCUGAAUAUUUUCAGUGCCAGGUGACAAGACAUCGACGAAGACAGCGACACGAACUGGGAAAGGACCAAGGAUGAACCUGAGUUCCAUCCUGAGGAGUGUGAGCAAAGGUCUAGGCCUCGGGGUAGCCGCAAAGAAAAAGGACUCGGAUCGUCCACUAUCCACUUCCCAUCAGGAUUCCAACUCGGUCGCCACAUCCUCUUCGAGUUGCCUUUCCAAGAACUCUGACUUAGAUCCUGUUUCCAGUCUUCUGAUUCCCUCGGAGGACGAAGAGGACCCCACUCCCGGCGAAAAUCGUUUGGCUUCGGCUGCGGCAAACCUGAGUAAAAAUCAGAAUCCCUACCAACAGACCAUUCAACAGAUCCUGCAACUGGUGAACGAGCUGGAGCACACAAUUUACGAGGAUCGGCAGCAGGAGUUCAAGCUACGAAUGGCCCUGGAUCGGCAAACGGAACGGGUUCAGGAAUUGGUAUUCUCCCUCGAUAAGGAGAAGAAGCGAAACGGGCGACUGGCCCAGCUGCUCCGGGGAAUCGAUACUUCCAGUGACGCGGAAAGCGAUCCGGAGGAGAAGGUCAUCAGCGGAUCCCACAGGAAUGUAAAAUCUAUCGGGGACUUGUACGAUUCCAUCAGUCCCCUGCUCAUGCAACAGCGCUACGAUGAGCUCUCGAUAUCCCAUCGUCAGAGUCGCCGGCAGUUGGCAAAGAAGGAAAAAGCUCUUAAGGUCCUGAAAUGCGAAACGGAACAGUUGCACUCCAAAUACGAUGAGCUAUUCGAUGAAUAUCGAGGUGAACAGCGUCGUUUUGAGGUACUGUGUGCUCGAUAUAUCCAGAUGCAGUUGAAGAGGAAGCAGCAAAUCUUCAAUCUGAAGAAUACACUCGGUCAAGCCAGUGAGUGUAUUUACCACGCCCAGGUGGCCAUCGAUGAGUGUUGUCAACGGGAGAAGUCGCCCAUUUCGCCAGAGAAUCUGCUCAACUUCCACAAAAAUCUAGAGUGCUUCAUGGAUGCCCUUAGAAACUGCUGCUGCCUGCGAAAAGUCCACGAGCUUCAGCAACAACAGCUCGAGAAAGAAAAUGGGGAAAAGAACCAAACCGAUGAUGUAGUGACCCCAAAGGCCAAGGAACCCUCCAUCGCCAGUAGCGAAACCUACGUUCGGAAUUCCCGUUCCCAGUCGAAACGCCACAUCCGUCGUUACAGACAUUCAAUUCGUUAAACCUUUACUUGUAGUUACUCCUUAGCAUUUGGUUAAUUGUGAAAUUAUUUUUCCCAUUGAAAAUUGCUUCAUUUAGCAAAUGAAAAGUGUAAAAAAAGCCAAAAAU